AUGGCUUCGUAUUUAGUAACCGGUGCCUCGAGAGGCCUCGGUCUAGAACUUGUGACCCAGCUGGCAGCGAAGCCCGUGACUGAAGUGCGUAUCGUCUUUGCGGCUGCCCGAUCGAGUAACCCACAAAAGCUUGAAGAGCUCGCAGCCGCGUCCAACGGACGGGUUCAGCUGGUUCGACUGGACGUUGGCGUCAAAGAAAGUGCCCAGGAGGCCGCCAACGAAGUUGAAAAGAAGCUACAGGGCGAGGGACUGGACUACCUGAUCAACAAUGCGGGUGUCAUGGACUACCAUCCUAACGGACUGGAGGGAAUGGAUACUCUCGACGAGGUGUUUCAUACGAACGUUACUGCAGUUCAUUACGUGACACAAGCUUUUCUGCCUCUGCUUCGCAAGGGAAAGAAGAUUGUGAUCAACAUCUCCACUACUCUGGGUGCUUUCUCCAAGGUUCACAUAUAUCAGCCUAUGCCAUCGCCGGCAUAUACAGUUACCAAGGCUGCUCUGAAUAUGCUCGGCUUGCAGUAUGCCUACAAGUAUAAGGACGAAGGAUUUACCUUCCUCGCGAUUAGCCCUGGAUGGCUGCGAACGGACCUGGGAUCGCAGUACGCCGACCUCCCAGUGGAGGUCGGCGCGGAAAAGACAUUGGAUAUCAUUCAAAGGGCUGGACCGGAAGUCAACGGAAAAUUCUGGAACAUCCAAGUCGACGGCUGGGAAGAACCCCGGGGCCAGAAUAAAAAUCAGUAUGACGGAAAGGAAGUUGCUUGGUAG